UCUCCAUACUCCUCCUGCCUCCUCGCUUCUCUCCUGGCCGCUGGCGCAGCAACUCCUCGCCCAGCCAUCCCUCUUCUGUGGAGUCAGCGCUCCUGUCUUCCAGGCGGGAUGGAAGGCGCGUGAUGUUACAGGGCUUCCCAGCACCAGGACGCUCGGCCCGCAGUGCGUUCAAUAGCAGAAACCCAUGUUUUCGAGAGCGGAAAAUGUCUGCACACCGCGAAGAGCAGGUCUGUACAUAAGCUCAGUGCUCUUCCCUCCGAGGCGGGAUUUGUACAUGACCGCCGCCCGCAGGAUCCAUUUUCGGGGACCCCGGCAGGCGGUGGACAUGGACAUGUUCAGGCUCCCGGGGGCCAAAACGUGUCCAUCUCCACCGCCCGCUGGGGCACCAGGACGUUGCGCCCCAGGCAGUGGAUCUGGAUGAACCCCCGCCUCGCAUUCUCGCCACCGAUCCAGCGCCGCCGGGCCGCUCCACGCUGCCACGUUUGGCAGCGCCCUGCCGCCUCGACGGCGACGGGCCGCCUCGCCGCCGGGCCGCGUCGCGGCAGACCUUGUGUGGUCGACGGCGGAGCCGUGGCCUCUCUCGCGUCUGCCGCGGCGCGGCGGCGUCCGGGGCCUCGGGCACGGCGGCGGAGGACAUGUCUCAGCAUGUCUCCGGGCGCUUGGGCGAGGAGACGCCAGCUGAAAUGGGGCUCGGGCGCGGCGUACCUGCUACACAAGCAUGUGGCGGACUCACAGCACGAUGCUUGCCCAAGGGGACCUCCAAGAGGACCCCGAGAAGCAAACAUAUGUUCUCUCGUUCAGGCUAAUUUUGUUGGCCAGAUUCGUUCCUGAAGUGAACGAUGUCUACGACAACCCAAGAGACCCCC